AUGAGCAGGAUGCGCUCGUUCACGUUUCCCAAGAUCAACGCUUCCAAACAACACGAAGACACCACUGCUACUGCCACUGCCGACAACAUGGGAUCGCCCUAUCAGAUCUCGCCUUCGCACUCGCGUGAGUCCUCGGCGGCGUCCACGACGUCUUCACCAAUCACGCCUACGUUCUCUGCCCGGGGCCACAAUCGAUGGCCAAGCUCUAGCUCUUCGCUGGUCACGAGUCCGGAUUCACCAGCUGCUACGCCAACGUCGAAGUCGCCGCUUGGCGAUCUGGUGGAGGAUCCAUCUGAGCGCGACGACCCUUUCGAUGAUCUGAGAUCGACGGAUGAGCCCUUGUGCAUUUGCGACACGCCGUGGUGCGAACAUCGACAGGAGUCUGUGUCGCGGCAACUUAUUCCGUUGCCGACUCCUGAAUGGAGUCCUGGCGAUGAUUAUUUCAGUGAUGGUCAGCUUCCUGGCCACACUGCGAAGCGUCGCAGAUCUGGCGAAUAUUCGACUGACAGCUUCUCGUCUCGCCUCAGUCGCCGCUUUCCAUCUAUCAGGAAGCGACUCUCAGGCCAUCGAUCUGCCUUUUCGGUCUCGAGCACCAAGCUGAGGAGUGCGCCAAGCUCGCGCUCUUCGUCACUCAGGCUGCCUACCACGCGAUCUGUUACGGCCCCCGCUACGCCUGACAUUCGCAACACGAUGAUACAGACGUUGCCACCUCCUGCUGUCAGGGAUGAGCCACGAUCUGUCAGUCCACCCAGGUCUCGAGCUGUGUCUUCGGCGACGACUCCAAGGCCAAUUGAGAUCGAUCUGCCUGCGGAGCAGGAAGAAUCGACUCACGAGUUUGCAUCCACUCCUCUCCUGCCACCAAUGCUGGCGGACUACUUCAACGACUCGUCCGACGCUGUACAGUCGCCACUGCAAUCACCUACUAUCGCAGGCCCAAGUGCGGCUGCAUCACUUUUCAGCACACCAGUCGGCACUCCCGUGAUACCUGGAUUCCCAACACCACCGCUAUCUGCCAAGGCAUCAAUGGCCUCUCUCCGCAAUGCACGCUCAGGUCCACCGCUCCAUGCUUCGACAGAAAUACCUCCCCUCACCAUCGCAGAAGAGGUCGAGUCUGCUGAUCCCUGGGCAACGAAGCUAGGACACGCAAACUUCGAGAUCGAGCCAGUCCCCUACUUGCCAGCAGUUUGCGACGCACAAACCUGCAAACAACUGACCGAAGACUGGGAAUGCGCACGCAAACAAUACAUGCAACUAGCCGGUCGCGUUCGCAGCGAUUACGGACCCACAUCCCAGACUUUCAAGCUUACGGAGCAGAAGUGGGCUGAGAUCGAUGCAACAUGGCGCGCAAAUCACGAGAUGGCCAAUGCGGAAGCUCAGGCGACAGGCGACAGUCCGACGUUCCAGCCUCUCGCAGAGACAAUGCCGAUUGCGAAGUUGCCAUCCCUUAAUGAUCCUCAGCAGCCUGGAAAGUACCCGACCGUUGAGGAGAAGGACAUUGUCGGUCCUAUGGUGACUUAUGCCAAGAUCCAGCAUGAUCAAUUGCCCGCGAGAAAAACUUCGACGAUUCUCAAGCUCUUCACGGAUCCUGGAUCCUUGCUUGGACGGCGGUCGAAUUUCAGCGUGCGGAGGUAA